AUGAGUUCCUCAGUUGCAGCUGAUCAAGCUGAUCCCCAGCGCAUCGCUCUCUACAAGGGAAUGGAAGUUAGACAGGAGAAUGAGUACGAGCGUUUGCGCAAGCAGCAUGAGCUUCAUAUGACAGCAAUGAACAGAGUUCUCAUUAGAGUACCUCUUCCAAAAACAAAGCCAAUUCGUAUCCUCGAUUCCGCAACCGGCGAUGGUCUUUGGAUGGUCGAUGCCUUGAAGCAGUUUCCGGAGGCUUCUUUUGUGGGAACCGAUAUUUUCCAGAAGCAUUUUGAGCAAAUCCAAGACUUGCCAAGUGCGAUCACAUUCAAGGUCCAAUCAGUGAUGGACGAAUGGCCUGUGGAAGACCAAAAUGCCUAUGAUCUUGUCCAUCAGCGUUACUGUCUCGCCAUGUUCAGCCCGGAAAAAGAAGCGGCCAUAGUGAAACGGCUUUUUGGUUUAGUCAAAUCGGGUGGUUUUAUCCAAUUGGUAGAUGCAGAUCUUGUAUCUUACGAUGGCGGAGAGGAACAUCCUGGUAUGACAAGAAUGAUGAACUACAUGCAGCGAGGAUUCACCGAAGCUGGUAUGAAUCCUUCUCCAGGGCCAUCUAUUGCGGGCUGGCUACGUGAUUCGGGCGCCGUCAAUAUACAAGAGAGAGUCUUAUCUUUCCCAAUGGGGUGCCAAGCCGCCACGCUUGAAGAUCAGAUAAGCACGACGAAUAAUCUUACCAACAUGAUUGAUAACUUUGCCAUGAUUGGAUCAAAAACCCCAAACUAUUGGUACACACCUAAAGAGUUUGAGUCCCUCAAAGAGGCUGUAGUUAAGGAGAUGACGGAGAUUGGCAAUACCUGGAGGUUCUGGGUGGUGACAGGUCAGAAACCAAUCUAA